GUUCGUGCGGGCGCGUCGGGUGCGGGAUGUGGUGCUCCGUUCAAAGGCCCUGAUUGUUGUUCGCCAAAGUGUGCUGUGCUGCGGCAAUCGCUGCAGGCUGUCGAGCAGAUUCACCGCUCGAAGUUGAAGCUCGCUAUCGAGGAGCCCGGCUAUGGGAUACACCCGGACUACCUAGCAUCGUCUCUCGACACGCCGCCGCUCGAGUGGGACACGCGCGCGCUCCUCUCCGGCCCCUCGCGAUCGCCUCGAAAGACGCCGCCGCCGCCGAGCAAUGGGGAAGCAGAACAUGUUUGUGUUCGUGGUCGCUGCUCUGGUCGUCGCGAACUUGUGGCACGCCGCCGAAGCGCAGAGCAGUGAACCCGGCUGCUCGGGCGUCAAGUACGCCUUCCAAGGGAAGGGAUUCGAAAACGACGUCCCUUCGCGGGCCAUCUCAGGUGAGCACCUCCAGAUCUGCGAGCGCUCCCUGACGUGCUGCACCCAGGAGAUGGAGCACCUGCUGAGCGCCCAAAGCCGGGAGGAGUUCGAGCGCGUGCUUCGAGACGAAAUCGGCAAAGUGCGCGCCAAGUUCGCCGCCCGCAUGCAGAGGUUCGACGAGUUCUUCAAGGAGUUGCUGAAGACGUCCAAGAAGGACUUCCACGGCAUGUUCCUGCGCACGUAUGGCAUGCAGUACGACACCAACUCCUACAUCUUCACCGACAUGUUCGACCAGCUGGAGAAGUACUACCGCACUGGCGGCGUCGACCUGGUGGACGCGCUGGACGGCUUCUUCCUCGAGCUGUACCGCAAGAUGUUCCAAGUGAUGAACACGCAGUACGCGCUGAGCGAGCGCUACCUGCAGUGCGUCAGCGACUACCGCGACGAGCUGCGUCCCUUCGGCGAUGUGCCCCAGAAGCUGACGCUCGAGGUGAAGCGCUCGUUCGUCGCAACACGCACCUUCGUUCAGGCGCUGGCCAUCGGGAGAGACGUCAUACAAAGCGUCAUGGAGGUUGGUCCUUCUGCCAACUGCAGCCAUGCACUGAUGAAGAUGAGCUACUGCCCACACUGUCACGGCCUGCCGAACCUGAAGCCCUGCUCCUCAUACUGCCACAGCGUCAUGCGUGGAUGCUUGGCCCACCACAUGGAACUCGACACCGAGUGGGGUUUAUUCAUUGAUGCCCUUAUGAACCUGGCAAACCGUUUAGAGAGUUCCUUCAACAUUGAGUCAGUUGUAAAUCCAAUAGGAGUGAAGAUAUCCGAAGCCAUCAUGGAUUUCCAAGAAAACAGGGCAACCAUUCUGCAAACGCUGUACGACAAGUGCGGGACGCUCCGCCUGGCUCGCCGUGCCAGUGGCCAGGAGCUGCACUUUGAGACGCUCAAGUUUGGAGGCACGGGCGGUGGCCAGCAGCCCGCUAUGAGACCGACCACGGCAGCAGGCACCAGCAUGGACCGUCUGGUGCAGGGCAUCAAGAAGCAGAUUCGUGCCACCCGCUCCAUGUGGUCCCAGUUGCCCGACCGCAUGUGCCGCCAGCCGUCGGCACAGUCACCGCCUCCCGAGGAGGAGUGCUGGGAUGGACUGAAUCGUGCAAAGUCUGAAGGGGGAAACCGCACAGUUGUGGGAGGCAAGACCCGAGGUCCACACCAGCACUUUCAGCAGCAAUCACACAACGGCCACAGGGGUGGCAGCACCGAGUACACAAGCAGCAACGUGGUUAUCAACCAGCUCAUACUCACUCUCAAGAUCAUCACCAACAAGCUGAACCUGGCUUACGGAGGGCACGAUGUCCAGUGGCAAGACACUGCUGACCUCGACGACAUGGGAAGCGGAAGUGGGAGCGGAAGCGGUGAAUACGAGUUCGAGCCAGCACCAACGUCGACGACCCCUGACAUUUUCUUCACCGGAUCGCUGCCAACAUCCGGCACAGCGCCCAAGCACCCCGUGACGCCGCACACCAGCUCGGCGCACCGCGUGCUGUGUGGUGCACCUAUAUGGCUCCUGGUCAUCGCUCUAUUGUUCAAGAAAUGCCUGAGCAGCAGCGUCUGACGUUCGUUCCUGAUCAUACACCUCUUCUUCUACUUGGCGGCUGCACUGCCUGCCUGCUGCUAGUGCCUGAGUGGGAAAUAGAAACAAAGAAGAAAAGAAAAAAAAGAGAGCCUUGUGCAACCGUGGUGCAAACGGACUACCGCGUUUCGAGUUGUCGUGCCUGUGAUGCAGCGUGGUUGAGACAUCUUCUAGACUUGUCGCGUAAAGCGUUUUGAAAGUGGCUCGGCGUGCGCAUAAGUCGUGCAGAUCCGUGGAAACGAUCGCACAUGGCGUGACGUACUCUCUCGCCCUGGUAUGACCCAGGGGUCAAAGUUUAGGUGUGGACACUUGUCAAAGGCGCGUGAUUGAGACUUGUGUGGCGAUGGAACUGACACGUGUCAAAAAGCUGGUUUUGCGUGAGAGACCUGCUCCUCUUCUUCUUCUUCGAUAUUUCCUUUGGAUGUGGACGCACGUCACAAAUGCACGUGUGUCGGGAAAAGAAACAGCGACGCCUGUCACAAGCUAUGAACGCUUCCAAAUUGAAUGACCUCCCUACGGUUUGUAAUCGUGGCUAGUUUUCGCUUGGACAGAUUGAAGACUGAAAAAGGGAUGUAUAGGUCAUGAUCAUGACAUUGGUGUGCUUAUUUAUCAGUAGCUGAAUAAGUAGCACACUGUGUAAAAGUGUUUUUUUUUUUUUUUCUUGUUUCUACUCGUAAUAUAUUCUGAAUCAAAAUUCAGAACCGCACCGUACAGCUUGUGUUAUAGCUACAUAGACUAGCGCCAUUUUUACAGGUUCACGUAACUGAAACACAUUUGUCAUCAUUGCUGUGGCUUUCUGCAACUUCUGGGUUAGCCGUGAGCGCUCACUUCACCGUGUCAUUCUGCUUGAGCAACUCCUCAACUGUUGUGCUUGGCAUAUGCCAAACUUUCACUCCGAAAGGGCUCCUGAA